UUCAGACCAAGCUCAGCACCUAACUACCCAUUUAAUUCCACAGUCCCCACUAUCACAAAAAGAUUCCAAAGAUCAGAGUUUACUCUUGGCUUUAGCUUUGCAGCUCAUGCUACUCUCGUGCCCUUUUUCUUCUCUUCCCUUUCUCUCCAUAAAUAAAGCAUUGAUCUUCCCAUAGAAGAAUACUGCACAGAAAGUUCAGCCAUGGCCGCUUGCAAAAGUCUACAGCACAUCUUCGAAAACCCAUUGCCAGAAAACCCAACUCUACUCGAAUCGCUCUCACUUAGCCAAAUCAAACCCAUAAAACCCAUAGAGCAAAGCUCCUUCAUUGAGAUGUUUGGUGAGCUCCAUUUCAAAGAGAAUCCAGACUUAUCCUUUCCUCCAUCAGCGUCUUAUUCUUCAAACUCAGUAGACUCAGUUCCCCAGAAAGAUACUGCGAGAGCUCCAGAAUCAAAAAGCGGCGCCAAAAGUCUCCGGGGCAGUGAAAGUCUGCAACUUUGCACUGAGGGGCUUGGCUUUGAAAGCUCAGAUGAUGUGGAAGAAUCGAAGAAUGGAAUGAACGAAAACUGGGAGCCGCUGAGUGUGAAAGAGGAGAUUCCUUUAGGAAAUUCAAGCAAUGGAGAGCACUCUGGGAGGAGGUCUAGAGGAGGUGUAGGAGAGACACAGUACCCUCCUCCGAUUUCUCUCAUAGGGAAGAGCGGGAAGCCAUCGGUUUGCUUCAAGUCUUACAGGGACAAUGGGAGAUUUGUGCUGAAGGAAAUAAGAAUACCUACCAAGGAAUUUCUUCAUGCUCAUAGGGAAAAUGGAAGGCUGAAACUUAACUUUGUUCAGCCUGAUGGUGACAUGUUUCUACAGGAGGAGGCCGAGGACGAGGAAGCUGAAGAAGAAGAAGAAGAUCGUGAAAAUGGAGAAAGUGGUGCAAGUGAAACAGAUCAAGUAAAUGUAGAUAAAGAUAAUGAUGUCUAAAUCAGAAAGGUAUCAGUUUUUAAUAAGAAAACGGAAUGAUCUGUAUUCAUGAGUUAGGUGCAAGGCCUAGCUCAUUUUGUAUCGAUUCAUGGUAGGAAUUUCUUCGAUACUUGUGUA